AUGGCGUUCCUGUUCAAGUCGAAAAAGAAUCAAGACCGGGCCCUCGCCAGUCGCGAUGGCACUUCGGGGUCCCAGGGCUCGAUUCAGAGCGCCAGCGCCAGAGUAGCCAAGGAUGAAAAGGCUGUCGCACAACGAUCGACCCCAACCGGCAGUAUGAACUCUUUCGGCGAGGAGGGCAGCGUAGGAAGCCCAGAGCAAGCACACGGCCGCCAACGGGGGCCCAGUGUUGACCAGGCGCCGUCUGCGCCCAGCGAUUUGCCGUUUCGCAACAGUCCACAGAUGCAGUCGCAGCCUCAGCAGCAACCCCUGCAGCAGACGCAACAGCCACCACCACAACAGCAGAACCCAAACUCUGCGCUGUACCCUUGGUCGCAGCGACGCCUGACAUAUACAUCUGCACACCCUCCCCCUUUUCCGAGAUAUGGCGCCGCCGUCAACUCGGUGGCGUCGAAGGAGGGCGACAUCUACCUGAUGGGCGGGCUGAUCAACAGUUCGACGGUCAAGGGAGAUCUGUGGAUGAUUGAGGCCGGUCAGAGCAUGGCUUGCUAUCCCCUGGCAACGACAGCCGAAGGCCCUGGCCCUCGCGUCGGUCACUCGAGUCUUCUCGUUGGUAACGCAUUUAUUGUCUACGGAGGAGAUACCAAGGUGGAGGAAACCGACGUCCUCGACGAGACCCUGUACCUGCUCAAUACCUCCACAAGACAAUGGUCGCGAGCUCUGCCUUCAGGGCCCCGCCCCUCAGGACGCUACGGCCACUCGCUCAAUAUCCUUGGUUCCAAGAUCUACGUCUUUGGUGGGCAGGUUGAGGGUUACUUCAUGAACGACCUGUCUGCUUUCGAUCUCAACCAGUUACAGAUGCCCAACAACCGAUGGGAACUGCUCAUCCAGAACAGCGACAGCGGAGGUCCUCCUCCAGGCCAGAUCCCUCCUGCGCGAACGAAUCACUCGGUAAUAACUUACAACGACAAGAUGUACCUCUUUGGUGGCACCAACGGCUACCAGUGGUUCAACGAUGUCUGGUGUUAUGAUCCCGCACUUAAUGAGUGGUCGCAGAUGGAUUGCAUAGGAUAUAUCCCCGUCCCGCGCGAGGGGCACGCCGCUACUGUCGUUGACGAUGUCAUGUACAUCUUUGGAGGCCGGACGGAAGAGGGAGCUGACCUCGGCGAUCUGGCUGCCUUCAGGAUAACCUCGCGCCGAUGGUACACCUUUCAAAACAUGGGGCCGUCGCCAUCGCCGCGAUCUGGCCAUAGCAUGACAACCGUGGGAAAGCAGGUUGUUGUGGUUGGUGGAGAACCGAGUUCUGCGCCUGUCAAUGCUGGCGACCUUGGCAUUGUCUAUACACUGGACACGACCAAGAUUAGAUAUCCAAAUGAUGCUCAGGCACAACAGCAGCAACAACUGCAGCAACAGCAACAAAACGCGCAAAAGGGCAUUCAAGCCAGGAGACCCAGCGGUGCCGCCGAAACAAAUCCAGCGCGCCCAAUGGCAUCCAGGGAUGGAUCGCAGGGGCCUCCCGAGCUCCGGAGACCUGCUGGGGCCCCUCAAAACCCUAACGGGAUCAGCAGCCCUCCGAACGGCUUCCGCGCCGGGCCAGGCACACCCGAGGUCAAUGGGUCAGGUGUCGCAGGUGUGGCAGCAGCUUCGAGGCUACCUCGCGGCGCUGGGUCGUCUCCUCCCGCCGGUCCUCCACCGCAAGGCCCCACGCCAGCCAAGCCUAGUGUGCAGACUUCGAACCUAGUCAGGAGUCGUGGGCCCUCGACGGAGCGUGAAGCCACAACCUCUUCUCCUCAGAUCGGCUCAACACGACAAUCACCCGUGACUCGAGACGUGGCAAAGGAGGUUGAAUCACCGAUCGUCAACGGAAGGCGGACGCCCACACAGCAAGUCGUGCGAACAGGCUCAAAGUCGGAGUCUACCCCUGCGGAGCUUGUUAAGUCAAGGUCUCGGCAGGGCAACCGAUCUCAAGGGUCGGUCGACAGCACGGCCGAGCCCAAUAUUAAGCCAAUUCAACAGCAGGUGCAGCAAACACAAGUUCAGGCGCAACCAGUUCAGCAAGCACCUCGAGCCGCCUCGCCCCCUCCACCGACCCGCCAACCAAGCAACCCUCUGUCUCGAAGGUCAUCAGGCCGGAACUCGCAGACCGUCGUCUUGCUCAAGGAGCUCGACUCUUCGCGUAACCGUAACGCCUGGUACGCGUCUGAGCUGGAACUCGCCCGCAAGGCCGGCUACGUGCCCAACGCAACGCUCAGUCCUGUCCUGGAUAGUCGGGCUACGGAAACGUUCGAUGACGAAGACAAGCCGUUGAUUGAGGCUUUGUUGGCAAUGCGCACCGAGCUUGCAAGCGUCCAAAGCGCCGUUGACAAACAGGCGAUCCUCGCAGCCAAGCAGAUUGCCGAGGCUGAAAAGCAGCGUGACGCUGCGAUUCAAGAAGCUGUGUACUCACGAGCCAAGCUCGCUGCGCACAUGGGCGGUAGCACGGCCAGCACCCCGCAACUCGAUUCGGAUCGUGAUGCCGAUGACCACCGAGCUCGAGGCCGAGAGACGCGCUCGCAGCUAGCCGAUGAUACCACCAACGCUUCCCAGAAGCGCAUGGCCGAGCUGGAGUCGUACAAGACGAUGAACUCGCCUGAGUUGGAGCGUCUCAAAGCUGAACUCCACAUGAUACAGCGCGAGGCGCGCGAGCAAUCUGUCCAGUUUGCCGAGGUCACAGCAGCGAUGCAACUCUUGCAAGUGGAGAAGGAUGAGUUCCAAACCAAGUACACGGAUUCGAUCGGCAACUCCAAGGAGCAGAACCAAACAUUUGACUCGCUGCGAGAGGCUGUGGCUGCUUCUGCCGAAAUGAAACUGCUCCUCGAACGCCUUGAGGUUUACCAAGAGCAGUCCAGCCGCGAAGGCGUGGCAAUUCGCCGACAACUCCAGGCUGCCCUCCGUGACACUCAGUCCCUACAGGCUCUCAACUCGGACCUCAAGCACCAGCUUCAAAACCAACAGCUUGAGACCAACGCCAUGAGCGUCCAGCACAACACUCUGAAGGACAUCUUGAUCGAACGCGGGAUCAGCCCGAAUGGCAUGCCACGCUCCCGCAGUGUGGGCAGUCCCCGUGGGAACUCGCCUGAACAAGCCCGAAUCCGCGAGCUCGAAGAUCAGCUGCAUGCGGCGGCAUCGAACCACGAGGACAACACGCAACGCAACGCCAGCCAUCUGGAAGCAACCGAGAAUGCGUAUCGGGAGAAGUUGUCGCAGCUUGAGAACGACUACCAGUCGGCCGUCCACUACGUCAAGGGCACGGAGAAGAUGCUCAAGCAGCUUAAGGAGCAGCUUGCUCGCUACAAGACUGAGAACGCGCGUCUUAAAUCGGAAGUUGAAGAUCUCGAGGAUCGGGUUCAGGCCGCGCCUUCCGACGCCGCACCUGCCGACUGGGAGACAGAGCGAGACGCGCUGCACCAGAAGAUCAACGCGCUGCAGGAGGAGGUCCGCGUGUCUGGAGCCCAAUUGGAACAGCAGCUGAUGGCUGUCAAGAAGGAGCUCGAGGAGGCACACACGCAGCGAGACACGGCCCUCGCGAGCAGCGAGGAGACGGCGCGAACCUUGACGACGAGUCGCCGUGAUCUUGAGCAGUUGCAGCAAGAAAAUUCUCUCCUAGUGCCCGUGCACAAGAUGCCGAGCAAAAGGUGUCUCUGCUUCUUCCCAGAACACGAUAACCUGCGCACGCAUUGGGAGGCCACGAUUAAGAAACUACAAUUUCAGAACACGUUCGACUUUGACACGGUUGCGGCGCCCGCUCGGCGCGAUGACGAGGGUGGCAUCGGGCUCAGCGAGAGUCUGGCCGACUGGCGCAAGCGGCUUGACGUUGAAGAAGGGGUCGGCGAUGUCGGCGAGCCAUCGAAGAGCAAAAGCCGACCGGAGCGACCCUAG